CAAAUAUGGCUGCGGCGAUUCCCCCAAGGGCAUAUGACAAGGGUGUGUCUUAAGUGUUUGGACUGCAACCUAUUCCCUAAGAAUUUAUGUCAGGAACUAAGAAGGGCAGCUAAAAUGGGUCCUUCGUUCUUACGUCCUCAGAUGCACUGACACAAAAAACGUGGGUUAUGUGAACGAUGAAGUAGUUGUGAAACAGCUAGCUAGCUAUACGAUACCAAAUUAUUCUCCUUUUGUAAUUGAUAAAGUAGUUUAACACCAGUCGGGAAACUCGGCACCGCAGGGACACCUUGAAGGGCACUACACGUCAGUAGACACCACACCGAAGAAAUGUCCUCAGUCAAGGAGGAAGGUAAGGACCGUGUCAUCUUUGUGACUAAGGAGGAACAUGAAGCACCGAGCAACGCUGAGCUGGUGGAGGAGGAUCCUGAUGACCCCUAUGAAGAACGAGGUCUGAUCCUGCCCAAUGGGGAGAUCAACUGGAACUGCCCCUGUCUGGGAGGGAUGGCCAGCGGUCCCUGUGGAGCAUCUUUUAAGGAGGCCUUCUCCUGUUUCCACUACAGCAAGGAGGAGGUGAAGGGCUCAGAGUGCCUGGAGCAAUUCAGGGGCAUGCAGGAGUGUAUGCAGAGAUACCCAGAACUCUACCCCCAGGAGGAUGACAAGGAGACCCAGGGAGGGCCAUCUGAAACGGAUCCUUCCAAACAAGACUCUGCCCCUGAACCAACCCCUACACCUGCAGCCCCUGUCCAAGACUCUAGCCCUUCCACCGCCCCUGCUGACACCCCACCACCCUCAAACAGCUCAGCCUCAGGCUGAGCAUGAUUCACGACAAGCCCUUUCUAUGGAUGUGUUAAGGUGAUCCUUUUUGUAUCAAUUAUUUAAACUGAUAAAUGGAAGUGUUGACUAUUCCCCCCCACUCUAACCCAGAUUGGGUUUUCCCUCAUAGAAUAUAAGAGACUUGUAGAGGGAGGAGGGUAAGGAAAAAGAUGGGGUAACUUCACUCUAGGUGUGUGUAUAUUUCUUUGUGCUCCUUCAGGAAAAAAACAAGACCAUGUGCUGUGCUAUCCUUUCCCAUUACUAGUGUUCUGUUUUUGUAUUGAUUGUUCUCUUUACUAUAAAGUCCAAUUAGUAAUUGCUUUUUGUAUUUUAAAAAUGUCAUUUCUACUUUAUUUUUCCAUUUGUCUUUUAUAUUUAAUUCACACCUGGUUUUUUAUUUUCCAAUUUUCUCAGAUUCUGUGGGUGCCUUGCAAAAGUAUUCAGACCCCUUGGACUUCUUCACAUUUUGUUGUGUUGCAAAGAGAUGAUGAAGAUAGAUUUAAUUAUUUUUUUGUCAACAAAUCUACGAAAAAGACUGUGAAAGAAAAAAGUUGAAUAGAAAUUAAAAAACAAAAAUAUAGUCAUUGCAUAAGUAUUCAGCUCCAUGAGUCAAUACAUGUUAGAAACAUCUUUGGCAGUGAUAACAGCUGUGAGUCUUCUUGGGUAAGUCUAUAAGAGCUUUACACACCUGGAUUGUGCAAUAUUUGCCCAUUUUAUUAUUUUAAAAAUUCUUCAAGCUCUGUCAAGAUGUUGGGGACCAUGGCUAGACUCUCAAGCAGAAAAAAAGUAUUGCCAUAGCUUUUCAAGCAAAUUUAAGCCAACACUAACUUGGCCACUCAGGAACAUUCACUGUCCACUUUGUAGAUUUGGCCUUGUGUUGUAGGUUAUUUUCCUGCUGAAAUGUGAAGUCCUCUGCUUGUCUCUGGUGUAAAGCAGACUGAAGCAGGUUUUCCUCUAGUUUGUUGCCUGUGCUUAGCUCCACCCCCUUAAUUUUUAUCCAGAAAAACUCUAUUUGCCGAUGUCAAGCAUACCCAUUCCAUGAUGUAGCCACCACAAUGCUUGAAAAUAAGGAGGCAGUUACUCAUUAUUGUGUUAUGUUGGGGUCAAAUCCAACACAAGGCUUUGCAUUUUGGCCAUGAAGUGUAUUCCUUUGCUGUUUUUUUGUUGCAAUAUUAAUUUUGUGCCUUGUUGCAUACAGGAUGCAAGUUUUGUAUAUUUGUAUUCUUUUCACUGACAUUUAAGUCAUUAUUGUGGAGUGACUACAAUGUUGAUCCAACCUCAGUCUUCAACCAUCAGACAUUGCACUCUAGCUGUUUUAAAAUCACCAAUGGCCUCAUCAAAUCAAGUGUAUUUAUAUAGCCCUUCUUGCAUCUGCUGAAAAAGAAACCCAGCCUAAAACCCCAAACAGCAAGCAAUGCAGGUGUAGAAGCACGGUGGCUAUGAAAAACUCCCUAGAAAAGCCAAAACCUAGGAAGAAGCCUAGUGAGAAACCAGGCUAUGAGGGGUGGCCAGUCCUCUUCUGGCUGGGCUGGGUGGAGAUUAUAACAGAGCAUGGCCAAGAUGUUCAAAUGUUCAUAAAUUACCAGCAUGGUCAAAUAAUAAUAAUCACACUAGUUGUCGAGGGUGCAACAAGUCAGCACCUCAGGAGUAAAUGUCAGUUGGCUUUUCAUAGCCGAUCAUUAAGUGUUUACCGCUCCUGCUGUCUCUAGAGUUGAAAACAGCAGGUCUGGGACAGGUAGCACGUCCCGUGAACAGGUCAGGGUUCCAUAGCCGCAGCCAGAACAGUUGAAACUGGAGCAGCAGCGCGGCCAGGUGGGGACAGCAAGGAGUCAUCAUGCCAGGUAGUCCUGAGGCAUGGUCCUAGGGCUCAGGUCCUCCGAAAGAGCGAAUUAGAGAGAGCAUACUUAAAAUCACACAGGACACCGGAUAAGACAGGAUAAAUACUCCAGAUAUAACAGACUGACCCUAGCAUUACUGACUGCAGCAUACAUAAAGGGGGGGUCAGGAGAAACUGGCCCCAUCCGAUGAUACCCCGGACAGGGCCAAACAGGCAGGAUAUAACCCCACCCACUUUGCCAAAGCACAGCCCCCACACCACUAGAGGGAUAUCUUCAACCACCAACUUACCAUCCUGAGACAAGGCCAAUUAUAGCCCGCAAAGAUUUCCACCACGGCACAACCCAAGGGGGACGCCAACCCAGACAGGAAGACCACGUCAGCAAUUCAACCCACUCAAGUGACGCACCCCUCCUAAGGACGGCAUGGAAGAGCACCAGUAAGCCAGUGACUCAGCCCCUGUAAUAGGGUUAGAGGCAGAGAAUCCCAGUGGGGAGACAGCAAGGGCGGUUCGUUGCUCCAGAGCCUUUCCGUUCACCUUCACACUCCUGGGCCAGACUACACUCAAUCAUAUGACCCACUGAAGAGAUGAGUCUUCAAUAAAGACUUAAAGGUUGAGACCGAGUCUGCGUCUCUCAGAUGGGUAGGCAGACCAUUCCAUAAAAAAAUGGAGUUCUAUAGGAGAAAGCCCUGCUUCCAGCUGUUUGCUUAGAAAUUCUAGUGACAAUUAGGAGGCCUGCGUCUUGUGACCGUAGCGUAUGUGUAGGUAUGUACAGCAGGACCAAAUCGGAAAGAUGGGUAGGAGCAAGCCCAUGUAAUGCUUUGUAGGUUAGCAGUAAAACUUUGAAAUCAGCCCUUGCCUUGACAAGAAGCCAGUGUAGGGAGGCUAGCACUGGAGUAAUAUGAUCAUUUUUUUGGUUCUAGUCAGGAUUCUAGCAGCUGAAUUUAGAACUAACUGAAGUAUAUUUAGUGCUUUAUCCGGGUAGCCGGAAAGUAGAGCAUUGCAGUAGUCUAACCUAGAAGUGACAAAAGCAUGGAUUAAUUAUUCUGCAUUUUUGGACAGAAAGUUUCUGAUUUUUGCAAUAUUUAGUAGAUGGAAAAAAGCUGUCCUUGAAACAGUCUUGAUAUGUGCGUCAAAAGAGAGAUCAGGGUCCAGAGUAACGCUGAGGUCCUUCACAGUUUUAUUUGAGACGACUGUACAAUCAUCAAGAUUAAUUGUCAGAUUCAACAGAAGAUCUCUUUGUUUCUUGGGACCUAGAACAAGCAUCUCUGUUUUGUCCGAGUUUAAAAGUAUAAAGUUUGCAGCCAUCCACUUCCUUAUGUCUGAAACACAUGCUUCUAGUGAGAUCAAUUUUGGGGCUUCAACAUGUUUCAUUGAAAUGUACAGCUGUGUGUCAUCCGCAUAGCAGUGAAAGUUAACAUUUAUGUUUUCGAAUUACAUCCCCAAGAGGUAAAAUAUAUAGUGAAAGCAAUAGUGGUCCUAAAACGGAACCUUGAGGAACACAGAAAUAAAUGUACAGUUGAUUUGUCAGAGGACAAACCAUUCACAGAGACAAAUUGAUAUAUUUCUGACAGAUAAGAUCUAAACCAGGCUAGAACUUGUCCGUGUAGACCAAUUUGAGUUUCCAAUCUCUCCAAAAGAAUGUGGUGAUCGAUGGUAUCAAAAGCAGCACUAAGGUCUAGGAGCACGAGGACAGAUGCAGAGCCGAGGUCUGACGCCAUUAAAAGGUCAUUUACCACCUUCACAAGUGCAGUCUCAGUGCUAUGAUGGGGUCUAAAACCAGACUGAAGCAUUUCGUAUGCAUUGUUUCUCUUCAGGAAGGCAGUGAGUUGCUACGCAACAGCUUUUUUGAAAAGUUUUGAGAGGAAUGAGAGAUUUGAUAUAGGCUGAUAGUUUUUUUAUAUUUUCUGGGUCAUGGUUUGGCUUUUUCAAGAGAGGCUUUAUUACUGCCAUUUUAUUGAGUUUGGUACACAUCCGGUGGAUAGAGAGCCAUUUAUUAUGUUCAUCAUAGGAGGGCCAAGCACAGGAAGCAGCUCUUUCAGUAGUUUAGUUGGAAUAGGGUCCAGUAUGCAGCUUGAAGAUUUAGAGGCCAUGAUUAUUUUCAUCAUUGUGUCAAGAGAUAUAUAUAUAGUACACUUGAGUGUCUCCCUUGAUCCUAGGUCCUGGCAGAGUUGUGCAGACUCAGGACAACUGAGCUUUGGAGAAAUACGCAGAUUUCAAAGGGAGUCCGUAAUUUGCUUUAUAAUGAUCAUGAUCUUUUCCUCAAAGACGUUAAUGAAUUUAUUACUGCUCAAAUGAAAGCCAUCCUCUCUUGGGGAAUGCUGCUUUUUAGUUAGCUUUGCGACAGUAUCAAAAAUACAUUUUGGAUUGUUCUUAUUUUCCUCAAUUAAGUUGGAAAAAUAGGAUGAUCAAGCAGCAGUGGGGGCUCUUCGAUACUGUCUUUCCAAGCUAGUCAGAAGACUUCCAGUUUGGUGUGGCGCCAUUUCCGUUCCAAUUUUCUGUAAGCUUGCUUCAGAGCUCGGGUAUUUUCUGUAUACCAGGGAGCUACCAGGGAGUUUCUUAUGACAAAUGUUUUUAGGGGUGCGACUGCAUCUAGUGUAUUGCGCAAGGUUAAAUUGAGUUCCUCGGUUAGGUGGUUAACUGAUUUUUGUCCUCUGACCUCUUUGGGUUGUCUGAGAAUUUAUAGCACGACUUUUGAUGCUCCUUGGUUGGGGUCUGAGCAGAUUAUUUGUUGCGAUUGCAAACGUAAUAAAAUGGUAACAUCCCU